AUGACCACAUUCAAGCUCAACACCGGCGCCUCCAUCCCCGCCGUCGGCUUCGGCACCUGGCAGGACGUCGGCUCGCAGGAAAAGGCCGUUGCAGAGGCGCUCAAGGCUGGAUACAGACAUAUCGACACUGCACGAAUCUACGGCACCGAACAAGCCGUCGGCAAUGCCAUCAGGAAGAGCGGCAUCCCCCGUGAAGAGAUCUUCCUCACGACGAAGCUGUGGAACAACAAGCACCACCCGGACGAUGUUGAGCAGGCGCUCAAGGAUUCGCUGAAUGAUCUCGGUCUCGACUAUGUGGAUCUCUACUUGAUACACUGGCCUGUUGCGUUUAAGCGCGGCGAAGAGAAGUUCCCCAAGGGUCCGGAUGGGAAGCCUGCGACCGAGGAUAUUGAUUAUGUGGAUACAUACAAAGCCCUCGAAAAACUCGUCAGCACCGGAAAAGUAAAAGCCAUCGGCGUCUCAAACUUCUCCAAAGAAGAGAUCCAGCGCGUCGUCGACAACGCCACGAUCCCGCCCGCUGUCCACCAGCUCGAGGGCCACCCGUGGCUGCAGCAGCGCGCGUUCGCGGACUGGCACAAGAAGAACGGUAUCCACGUUACGCACUAUUCGCCGUUUGGCAACCAGAACGAGCUGUAUUCGCGCGAGGGCAAGAUUGGACGGCUCAUUGAGGAUCCGGUGCUCGUGGAGAUUGGGAAGAAGUAUAACAAGUCGGGCGCGCAGGUUGCGCUUGCAUGGGCAAUAAACGAAGGCCACUCGGUCCUCCCCAAGUCCAAGACGCCCGAGCGCAUCAGGCAGAACAUCGAGGGCGACUUUAAGCUCGAUGAGGAGGAUCUGAAGAAGAUCCGCGGGAUCGACCGCAAGCUGCGGUUCAACGAUAGCAGUGAGGACUUUGGGUACCAGUUCUUCAAGGGGUUGGAUGGGGCGUCGGCUUAG